GCGGGGCGGGCGGGCGCGCGCGCAUGCGCGGCGGCGGGCGCAGCGUUGCCAUGAGACCCGGCGAUGGGGCCGCAGUGAGGGAUAAGUUUAAGCUUGGAACAUCAUUGCUUUGACUCGCUCACCUCUGCAGGAUGCCACACAAGAUCGGUUUUGUAGUUGUUAGUUCAUCGGGACACGAAGAUGGCUUCAGUGCGAAAGAGCUGAUGGUUCAUGCACCGACAGUGAACGGAUGGCGAUCGCCCAGACUCUGUCAGUAUCCACAGGAAAUUGUUCUGCAGUUGGUGGAGAGAUGUCGAAUACGAAAACUGCAGUUGCUUGCUCACCAGUACAUGAUUUCAAGCAAAAUUGAGUUCUACAUCAGUGAAAGCUUGCCUGAAUACUUUGCUCCUUAUCAGUCAGAGAGGUUUCACAGACUAGGUUAUGUCCCCCUCUCGGACAAUGAAAAGACUGAUUUCAAAGCACGAGAGUUAAAAUCUGUGUAUAUGGAUGCAGUUGGCCAGUACCUGAAGCUGAUUUUCCAUAAAAAUUAUGUCAAUAAAUAUAACUUAUAUGGUCAGGUUGCCCUAGUAGCUAUAAACAUUAUUGGAGAUCCAGCAGACUACAGUAAUGACAGCAAUAAUACUUCUUCCAGAGAGAAGCUGAUAGAUCACUACUUAGGAAUUAAAUCAGAUGAUCCUGCCUUGGAUGGAACUUACCUUGGGAAACCUGACUCCAUUUCACCUCUGGAUGAUUUGGCUUUUGACAUGUACCAGGAUCCAGAAGUUGCCCAGAUAAUACGUAGACUGGAUGAGAAGAAGCGCGAAGCCGUCCAUCAUGAACACUACGAUUAUGCCAAGAAACUCAAACAAGCUAUUGCAGACUUGCAGAAGGUAGGGGAGCGACUUGGACGGUAUGAGGUAGAGAAGCGCUAUGCUGUAGAGAAAGAGGAUUAUGAUCUUGCUAAAAAGAAGAAACAGCAAAUGGAAGCGUACCGCCUGAAGGUGUAUCAGCAACUGGAGCUCCACGACCUGCUGGAUGCAGAGCUGAUGGUUCGAAAACCACCUGAAUUGCCUUUGGAGCCUAUGAUUUAUACUGACAAUCCUCAGCGCACAAAAGCUGCAAAUUCACCUCCUCCUGAGCGCACAGAACUGCAGAAAGGAGAGCCAAGGAAGCCAGAGCCUUUGCUGGAAGAGAAGUCAGCAGAUCCCCCUUCUGCCGAGCCCCUUGUUCCCCAUCAGUCUCCUCCUCCUGUGACUCAUCCCACACCCUCUGGGGAAGUGUUUCUCAAAGAAAAUGCAAGUAGUGUUGAAUUCUUACCUUAUGAUGAGAGACCUCUUCCAGCUAUCUGUAAGCAGCCUGAUGAAGCAGUUGCGUACCUUGAGCCACAGGGGACUGCCGAGGGUAUCAGUGAUACGCCAAGAAACGGCAUCACUGGGGAACCAGAACCACUGACUGAGAAGGCACUGAGGGAGGCUGGCCCUGCUAUUGAAGUUUUUGGAGAAGCUUUGGUUUCAGGAGCAUAUUCCAAAACUUGGUCGUAUCGAGAAGAUGCGUUACUAGCUGUAUAUAAGAAGCUGGUGGAAAUAUCAGUAAACACUCCAAAGGAUGAUUUAAAGAACAUGCUGAGGGCUGCCGUUUUUCUUGUGAGGAGAGCCAUCAAAGACAUAGUGUCUUCAGUUUUUCAAGCUUCCCUGAAACUUUUAAAAAUGAUCAUUACGCAAUAUAUACCAAAACAUAAACUAGGAAAACUAGAAACUUCUCAUUGUGUGGAAAAAACGCUUCCAAAUUUGCUUUCUAGAACAGGAGACUCUUCAUCCCGUCUUCGCCUUCUGGCUUCUAACUUUAUUCAGGAAAUGGCACUGUGUAGUGAAGUUAAACCUCUUCAGAUUGUUCCAGUUCAUUUGGUUCAACCGUUAAAACCGAACUCCCCAACACAUCUAGCAAUGAGUCAAGUGGAAUUAGUGGAAUGCCUCUUGAAAGACAUGGGAACAGAAAACUCUGGGUUUACUGUCGGCAAUGUCAUGAAGUUUGCAACGGGAGCUUUGGAACACAGAGUUUAUGAAGUUCGUGAUGUAGCGUUGCGGAUUAUCUUUGAUAUGUACAAGAAGCACAGGACUGCUAUACUGGAAUAUCUUCCUCCCGAUGAUGCCAGCAUUCGCAAGACUGUUCUCUAUAAAACACUCUUUGAUGGAUUUACUAAAAUAGAUGGUAAACUUUCUGAAGCUGAAAUUAAGAUGCAGAAAAAGGCAGCAACAAAAGAAACAGAGAAACAGAAGAAGGAAGAAACAAAAGUUCUGCAAGGACAGCUGGCAGCUCUAACGGAGAUGCAAGAAGUUGUUCAAGCUGGAAAGGAGAAAGAAUCUGAUUUUCAGAAGCCAAAGUAUCAAGAUUACCAGGUAAAUGAAAGCCCACAGACUGCAGCAGCAGAGAUUCCAGAUGAUCAUUACUCUGUUGCAAAUUACUUGGAUAACUUAUGUAUUUUUUGUGGUGAAAGGGACGAAUCCUUCACAGAGGAAGGACUGGAUCUCCAUUACUGGAAACACUGCCCUAUGUUGACCAGAUGUGAGCACUGCAAACAGGUGGUGGAAAUAGCAAGCCUGACAGAGCACUUGUUGACUGAUUGUGAUAAAAAGGACAGCUUUGGGAGAUGUCAACGAUGCAGCGAGGCCCUUCCAAAAGAUGAGUUGCCCAAACAUAUUAAGAGCAAGACUUGCAAUCCUGCCAAACCAGAAAAUGUGGCAAACCAUUGCCCAUUGUGCCAUGACAACUUUCCAGCGGGAGAGGAGGCCUGGAAGUCUCAUCUAAUGGGCAACGAUGGCUGUAAAAUGAACCAACGGAAGUUAUCCACAAUAAAUAAAACUCUUCUGGUGCAACCUGGCAAAAUAGGUGGCCAGUAUUUAAGGAAACCGGGUCCUUCAGGAGCCAAAGCUCGACCUCCCUCUAUAGGAAGCAGGAUCCCAACCCUGAGAGGGGGCCCAAAUAAAAGCACUGGCAAAACAUACUCAAAGCGAUGACAGGACAAGUAUUUUUUCCUUUGUCUUAAUAACUGGGCGUAUAGUUGUUAAUAGUUAUUUAAAAAUUGUGGGCAAUUCACGUCAUCUGUUUCGUUUGACUGCAUGGGGCUGUUUGUCAGCCUUGAGCAGUACUUGCCUCGUCUGAUAAUGUCUGUGUCACCUGUCUGUGCAGCACUGUGGUUUGCUCCUAGAAAUGCGUGUGUUAGAAAUACGCAAAUGUUCUGGGACAGAUCUAGCCUGCCGCAUUCCCUCUACAGCACAAGGAAGGCCGUGCAUUGGUCUUUGACUGGUUCCUCAUACUGGCAAAACUCCCCAAGGAGUAUGGAGGUGACAUGGCCACGCUGUAGCUGCUGUUACAGUCAGCAGAGCUGUGCCCUGGUUGUGGGAUCGUUCUGGGGCUGUGGUUCUAACAGUCUGGUUUUGAGAUCCAGUAAGGAAUUUCCUUAAGAUCCAAAAGCCACAGUCAUUUGUGUUUUGGCUUUCUUUUGGGGAAGAGCAAAAAACCUACCAAGCUUUCAGGACAGAGCUGAAAAGCACUUGUUGUUUUGAUCCAAGUGUGACACUUGUUUGCAAUUAUAUAUUCUGAAAGCUUGGGAAGUAAUACCUGUGUUAGCUGACUUUACCAGUUAGUCACUUCAAUGUAAUAAUUGCAGAAUAUAUUGCUGAUAGUUUUCUGCCAAAAUUGACUUCAUAACAUGCUGAAAGUAAUAGUGUCAAUAAUUUUUGUUUGUCUUGCCAUCAGACAGUUGUAGACAAUCAGGUCGCGAGUCAAACUGUGUGCAGUGGCUGGCUGGGAGACAGGCCGCCUGGGUGGAUUCCUGCGUUACAGCAGUGCAUUUACAGAGAAUUCAUCGUAAUGAGACUUGAGGAAACACCAUUGGGAAUCUGGAUAUGCAAUGAGCAAACCAGGCUCGAUGCAGUCACACAGGUUCCUUUGAUGUGGUGGUGAUGUUGGUACCUCAGCAAUGCCUUUCAUCUGCUGGGAUGUGCAGCUGCCAUAAGGUGAAACGAAAAAUGCAUGCGCGUGUAGAAGGAAAUUCAUGUCAGGCUGUAGGAACAUGUGUCUCGGUUAUCUGAAAGACCUGUAUGAUCCUGUAUAGACAGACUCUUGAACCAAUUAAUGGGUAAAGUAACAAUUCCAUAACACAAAUUCUUCCUCAUGUGUUUGCUAGAAGGAAAAAAAAAAGAAAAGAACAGUUGCAAUGUAGGCGAGGAAAGCCCUGGGGUUUGUGUUUUCUGCUGCAAAUCCUAUAGUGUGGGUUUAUUUGUUUCAUUAGGGCAGGUUUACGAGUAGGGUCAGGAAUUGGAAAGCUUUUUCCACUCCUCAAGUAUAAUGAAGUAAGUCAAAGACUCAUGCUGUUCUUUGGUGAUUAGUUUGGCCCCUGUGCCAGGAUCUCCUGUCUUUUCGUAGUAAGAAAAACACUAUUAGUGUUUCCAGCAGCUGCCUUGUUCUUCCCUCUAUUUGUCAUGAUAAACGUUGUCAGCUAAAACGGGGCAAAUUUGUAGCGUUUAUGAAAGCUUACAAGUCCAUUUAUUUGUGCUAGGCUCUUUGUUCCUUUAUUGGAAAUGGGAACUGUACUUUUUCCUAAAACUGACUGAUGUCCUUGAACACUGGUAAGUCAGCUGAAAGCUCUAGUUGACCCUGCGAGGAAAGGAAUUGGAUCAGGACUGUUAUAAAAUGUUUCCACUCGUUUUUAAAAUGCUUAGAAACAUUAUUUUGACGGAUAACUUUGCUCUCCUUUCUAAUCCCGGUGUCUGUAAUUUUAUGAGUCCAAGCACGUUAAUAAUGUUGAGUGAAAUAGAUGUCUCUUCCCUGGGUCCGCCGAGGCUCUAGGAGUAACGCAAGCCAGGCAGGGUGAGAAGUGGUUUUGCUGUGGCCUCUGCACAUAUUUCAGGUUUAGGGUUCUAAAGGCAGUAGAGCAGUACCCAAAGCGCUACUCAACGCCGAGAAUUAGCACCAAAUAAAAAAGCUUAAGGGCUGGCUGGCUAUUGCCGCAUGACAUGCCAUUGCGUAGGACGUAACAUGAAAUAGCUGUUAGCGCGGCCUCUCUCGCUGUGCACCAAGUGCCUUAUUAGUCCACUUGACAAGAGGAUUAAGCCAAACCGCAAGAGCCCCAUUUGGUACGUAAUAAGAGCGUGUAUCGAUGGAGCUACUGGAAAAAUUAAAGGUGUGCUUUAAAAUCUCACAAUUAAUUCUGAAAUAUAUCCCCAAGAUAUGGCCCCUUAAAGAAAGGGAAAAAAAAUCUUAGUGGGGCCCUGAAAAGCUUGAAUUAAUAAAUUUAGACCUUUUUUCCUGGUCUAGUGUAGUUCUCUCAGCUCGCUUCUAAAUCCAGCUCUAAUGCUGAGUUUCUCUAGUUAGAUCUUGAUUAAAAUAAACAUCCGUAGACUACAGCAUGUGACCAUUUAAUAGCUUCAAAGAGAAAAAAUUCUGUUAAGACACAAUGUAUGAAGCUUUGUACCUAAAGCAACAAUCCGCCCAUUUCUACUUGUAACGUUCAGGCAAUUGCUUUCCAGGGCAGAAUUAAUUGGUCCCAUGUCCAUGUCCACCACAGGUACAGGAAUGAGUGAGCAUGGUAGUAGAAGCAGGAGUUUUGGGGGUUGGGUUUUUUUGCUACCACGGAGUGGAUUUGCGGUAUCGUUUUGUAUAUACAGCACUGAUUUUGUAAUACGCAGUUUUUAUAGUUUGCGUGCAGCCUGUCUACAAGCUUCUGAAUUUUACGGGUAGAUUGGUGCACUUGUAUUUUGAAAGUCUUUAUAUAAAUCGUUCCUUUAACUCCUCCAAAUAUAUAUAUUAAUAAAUAUACAUAUGUUAGGAAUAUAUAGAUAUAUUAACAAAGAUAUAUGUAUUUUUAUUUCUACUUUAGUGACGCAGGCUUCUAUUUGAGAACCUGAUUCCUUAUGCAAGAAAAUCACCGUUGAUUUCACUCAGAGAUUGGCAUGUGCAAUGGACUGCAGGCUCGUGAGCUGCUGCCCAGAGCAUUUUUGCCUUUUGGACAUAGAACUGUGAGCUUUACAUUGUGUGAAUUUAAUGCAAAAACCCCAUUUGCAAAGGUCCUCCAUGUAUUUUGGAUUGGCCAAUCUAGUACGUAUGUUGAAUUGGUAAAUGCAGCUCUGCGUUGCUCCUCAGCCAUGGCUUUUAAAGCCAGUCAAGCGAAGUGUACUUAAUCAGUUAAAUCCCGUAUGGAGCAGGAUGUGUGCUUUCUAUUUUAUAACAUUACAGGACAACCUUUUAAAACAUGGGGUUUUUUUAAAAAUAAAAAAAUUAACACUUGAUUAAAAAAACAAAACGACCAAACAAACCAAAACAACCAAACAAGCCCCAACCCCAAGACCCCACAAACGCUAUUAAUUAUAGUGGGGGUCGUAUUUCCCAGUGCUGACGGACCUGCAGAGCAGAAAGGUUGGGAGCUGUGUAAGACUUGUUUCAGACCGUCUCCUGGGAGGCGUUUUCCCUUGGGCAGCUCCUGUUCCCCACCCUGUGCAGGAGGACGCCGUGCUGCGGCCGCGGAGUGAGCGCAGUCGCUGCUUUUCUCUCCGCUCUGGCGCAAAGCGCAGUAAUUACACCGUAGGGACCCGUGCAAUAACUCUGCAGCUUCUUCACUGCAAGAAGUUGUCAUGUAGGAGAUUCCCGCCUCUUCCCUCUCCGUCCCACCCACCUCACCUGCCCAAGGAGCAGGAAUUAGGUGCGCUCCAGAGAAGUGCAUUACAGAGCCUUUUGUCAGCUUUUAAAAGAAAAAAGCAUAGGCUUGGGCACACCGCGUUGCAUCUUAGGGCUUUAAUUUUUUUUCAAAUCCAGGAUAGCUUUUUAGCAACAUUUUAGAGAAAUCAGUUAAGUAUUUUAGUGUGCAUAACAUUCAGUGAGAUUGCUGGGUAUCUUUAGACUAAAAAAAAACUUCUAAAGUGAGGUAUAAAGAUAAUAUUUAACUAAGGGGGCCUACAGGAAAGCUGGGGAGGGACUUUUUAGGAUGUCGGGUAAUGGUAGGACUAGAGGGAAUGGAUUAAAACUAGAGAUGGGACGAUUCAGACUGGUCAUUAGGAAGAGUUCUUCACCAUGAGGGUGGUGAGACACUGGAACAGGUUGCCCAGAGAGGUGGUGGACGCCCCAUCCCUGGAAGUUUUUAAGGCCAGGCUGGACGGGGCUCUGAGCAACCCGAUCUAGUGGGAGGUGUCCCUGCCCAUGGCAGGGGGUUGGAACGAGCUGAUCUUUAAGGUCCCUUCCAACCCUGACAAUUCUAUGAUUCUAUGGUACUCAAUGGUACGAAUUGGAAACAAUUUAGAAGUGAGAAAAUGGAAACUUUUUUAGGAUGUGGAAGGACCUUCUUUGAGCACAGUAGUACCAGCUGUCAGUUUUAAAGGAUGAGCUCACUGUGCUGCUUCCUUUCACUUAAUAAACAACAUGUUUUCUACAGUGGCAAAAUAAACCCUGGUGUGAAAAACACAGUGAAGUUUGUCCCUCUGCGCUGGAGUCUGGAGUGAAACGUUCUGGAGCAAAUCUGUUGUGCAGGUGCAGGUCUGGCUAAUGGAAAAAAGUUCUCCAAGCCGUUGGACUGUAAAACUUCAAUCAGCAAUGUCGGCACAUCGUUAUUAAAGAAAGAACAGACUGUCAUCCUUCUCUCAUGGGCUUUUUUAUGUCUGAUUUCUUUUUCCAUCCUGUACCUGAAUGUCAACCAAGUUGUUUUCAUCCGUCUAAACUGCAGAGACGCCUCAAGAGUGGCCAAUGUCCCUGCGCACCAGAAUCCAUCUCAUCUCCAGCGACCACUAGGACUUCCAUCACCUCGAGAGAGCAUUUAUAUAGAUUAUGCGGUUCCUAAGUACUGGAUAAGCAGAUAAGGUAUUUAAAUCCUAGAGAUUUUAUUGCUAGCAUUACAAGAGAAAGUCUCAGAUGUUAAACACGUAUAUUAUUUUUAUUGCACUUAUUUAAUAAAAUUGUUU